AAAUUCAGGGAAGUGUAUAGUCUUAUGAACACAACAUUGAGGGGCAUGCACAAUAGGUGGUGACAGUCUUUCUCUGACUACUUAUAAACAAAAUGAAGGCACUGACUUUUCUUCUGCUGUCACUUUUUUUACACACAUGUGAGACCAUCACAAGAAUAUUCUACAUUGCAGCUGUGGAAGAGUAUUGGAAUUACAGGGAUAGCAGGGUAUAUUCUUCAGAGCAAAGGCAAGAUUUAAGGUCAUCUGAUUCCCAAAUAUACAAAAAGGCAUUAUACGUGGAAUACACUGAUGCCACUUUCAGAAAGAUCAAACCACAGCAAAACUGGACAGGUCUUUUAGGUCCAACAAUUCGUGUUGAAACACUGGAUUCUGUUGUUAUUCACUUUAAGAACUCUGCAAGUGUCCCUUACAGUCUCCAUGGCAUUGGGGUAUCAUAUGGGAAAAGGUCAGAAGGUGCGGGAUAUGAUGAUGAAACAAGCACAUUGGAGAAGGCAGAUGAUGCUAUUCCACCUGGAAAAGAAUACACAUAUGUUUGGCAAGUUCCAGAAAAUUAUGGACCUACCGAGUCUGACCCUGUCUGUAUAACCACUGCUUAUUACUCUCACAGUAAUUCUUCUUAUGAUAUAAAUUCUGGAUUGGUGGGUGCUAUUCUCAUCUGUAAGCCAGGCUCCCUUACAGAGGAAGGAUAUCAACGUGGUAUUCAGGAAAAAAUCAUUGUUCUGGCUAUAUUUGAUGAAGGUCACAGUCACUAUUCAAAUAAAUUAGAAGAUAAGCAGCUGCAUACAAUCAAUGGACAUAUAAAUGGUUCUAUUCCAGAGCAAACUGUGUGUUAUCAGAAGCCAGUUCAUUUGCAUGUCAUUGGAUUUGGGACACAUUUUGAGGUUCACAGCAUUUCUCUGGAGAGGCAUAACUUUGUAAUAAGAGACCAUCGUGUCCCCAUACUUUCUGUUACUGCAUUUAGUUUUCUCACAGCGAUCGUACAUCCAGGGGAAAAAGGAGAAUACACACUUUCCUGCCAGACUCGGACACACCCAGAAGGCACAAUGACAUCUUUGAUCAAAGUAGAAGAUUGCGCAUCUUUGCCUGUAAAGCAAAUGCGUGCAUCAGACUUAUAUGAUUAUGAAGAUGAAGAUUACUACGAUUCUACAAUAUGGGAUUUGGAAGAUAAUGAUAAUGACAUAUCAAAUAUUCAAGUACGAUCUGCUGGCAAACGUAAACCUGUAACAUGGACACACUAUGUUGGCGCCAUAGAGACAGAGUGGGACUAUCAACCAGAAAGUGAAAAAAACACCCGUUUCACUAAGGUUGUGUAUAGAGAAUUUACAGACUCCCAAUUCACCCACCUAAAGCCACCAGAAAUUCCUGGAACUGGGAUCCUUGGGCCUGUGCUUAGAGGAGAAGUUGGAGAUCAAAUUCAGAUUGUGUUCAAGAAUUUGGCUCGUCAUCCAUUUAACAUGUAUCCCCAAGGAUUGAGCAGUGUGAGCUCUAAUCGUCCGUCUUUGACAGGAGAGCAAUUAAUGGAUUAUCCUAUCUACCCAAAUGAUUCCAUAACAUAUAUAUGGCCUGUAACAAAGUAUGACAGCCCUGCUUCAUCUGAUCCCCGUUGCCUUACAAGAUACUAUGCAAGCUUUUACCAUCCACAGAAAGACUUAGCAUCAGGCCUCAUUGGACCACUUCUAAUCUGUUCAAAGCAGACUUUGGAUCAGAGAGGAAAUCAGAUAGUCACAGAUAAGGAACAUUUCCUUUUCUUCUCUGAAUUUGAUGAGACUCUCAGUUGGUACUACGAGCAAAACUUCCAGAGCGAUCAUAAAUCCUCAUCAGAAAACCGAAUCAUAAGUGUGAAGUCUGAAAGACAGAGUCUGAUGCACACUAUAAAUGGACUUGUAGAUUCUUUGCACCUCAGCUUUCAUCAGAAUGAAGUCAGUGUAUGGCAUGUUUUAAAUCUAGGGAUAAGCGCAGAGCUAUUAUCAAUUUACUUUGGAGGUAACACAUUUAUGGUGGAUUCAAGUUAUCAAGAAACUCUGACUCUUUUCCCAAUGAAUGGGAAGACCGUUGUCAUGAACAUGGAGAAACCAGGGCACUGGUACGUGGCGCCAAAAUCUCCUUUGGCAGAGUUAGGUAUGCGAGCAAAAUUAAAUGUAAUGCAAGAUGAUUACUACGACUAUGAUCAUGACGAUGCAGAGGAGUUUGCACAUGAUCCCUCAUUUUUUAAAAAUUCCUUGACCACGCCUCCAAAAAUCUUCCCUUUUGGACCACGCAGCAUCUUACAUAAAAAGAAGAUUCCAGAAAAUAGGGAAAAUACAAUUGUAAAUGAUGAUCCUCUGACAAACUGGUCCCAGUCAGUUGGAGCAAUAGACAAUACAACUGAAGCAAAACAUAUUACAGAAUAUGAAACAGAGGAACUACAUAAUGACAUACAUGCAGAGCACAGAGAUGAAAAUGUGCCUAUCAAUCUUUCAUACAAGCAGUUACAAAAUGAAUCGGCAAUUAAUAAAACUGCACAUAACCAUGUGGAUUAUUAUGAUGACUACAACAAUGUUGAUUUUGAGUAUAUUGACUUAUAUGAAGACCAAUCUGAUAAAGACCCUCGUAGCACUGAAAGGGAACUGCGCACUUAUUUCAUUGCAGCUGUGGAGGUGAGGUGGGAAUAUGGAGCUGGAAAUUCACCUUACCUUAAAAAACAAAAACAUUCUGUCUCACAUGGGUUCCAGUGGUAUAAGAAAGUGGUAUUUCGUGAGUAUUUGGACAGCAGUUUUACAGUACCAGCAAUUCGCGGGGAGAGAGAUGCUCACCUAGGACUUUUAGGUCCAUGUAUUCAUGCUGAAGUGAAUGACGAAAUCAUAAUACAAUUUAAGAAUAUGGCCUCUCGUCCAUACUCCUUUUAUUCCAAUGUUCUAACUGUACAGAAGAAAGAGGAGUAUGUACCCCCACAUCAGACUCGUACGUACACAGGAAGACUGAGUGCUCAGUUUGGGCCCACAGAAUCUGAAGAGGAGUGCAAAACCUGGUUCUAUACCUCUAAUGUCCACCUGAACAAAGACUUCCAUACUGGACUUAUUGGACCUCUGCUUGUCUGCCGACCUAAAGUAUUGAAACGGUCCAAUGUCCUUCAGUUCAAAAUGCAAGAUUUCUUUCUUGCAUUUAUGGAGAUUGAUGAGACAGAGAAUUGGCUCUUUAAAGAAAACUGGGAGCAGCAUUGCCCUUCUUACUGUCCUUUUCAACAGAAGUCAAAUGCUUCCUGCCCUGCUGCAUGCACUGUACAGUCGCCUUCAGAGGACUUACAGCAGAAUCACGUAUUUCAUGUAAUUAAUGGGAACAUUGGUGACACACUUCCUGGACUACUCCUGCCACUGAAGCAAAAAAUACGAUGGCAUCUACUAAGCAUUGGGAGAAGACACAUUCUUUCUGUCCAGUUUCAUGGAAAUAUUGUUACUCAGCGGAGCAACACAGAUCAACCUGUCAAUAUAGUAAACCUAUACCCUGGUGUUGGUGUAACCCUGGAUAUGGUCGCUCAUAUAACGGGUCUAUGGCAUAUAGAGGCCGAAGGAGGAUACUAUAACUAUGGGAUGAAAGCACUUUACCUUGUAUAUGAUCAAAAAUGCCACCAACCUCUUGGUUUAUCAUCUGGAAAAAUUAGUGACUCUCAGAUUUCAGCUUCAGGACAUUAUGGUUCCUGGUUACCAUCCCUUGCCAGGUUGAAAAACAGUGGAUCUGUAAAUGCUUGGAGUGUGGUGGAUAUUCAUUCCUGGAUUCAGGUGGAUCUUCUUACACCUAUGCUGAUUCAUGCUAUCCAAACCCAGGGUGCUCGGAGUCAUCUCCUUUCCCUAUACAUAUCUCAAUUUAUUGUGUUCUAUAGCUUGAAUGGAGAAAAAUGGAGCCAAUAUCAGGGGAAUGCUAGUAGCAAUCAGAUGGUAUUUUUUGGGAAUGUAGAUUCAUCUAGUGUUCGAGAGAACCAUUUUGAUCCUCCUAUAUGUGCUCGUUUCCUAAGGCUCCAACCAAUACAUACAGGAGUGAGAGCUGGACUCCGAAUGGAACUUUUUGGCUGUGACCUUACAAGUUGUUCAAUGUCUCUUGGUCUGCAAUCAGGUGCCAUCCAUCCUCAACAUCUCUCUGCUUCCUCAUCUCUUUAUUCUGUAUUUUCUUCAUGGGUUCCAAAUUUAGCAAGGUUGAAUCAGCAAGGUCGCAUUAAUGCAUGGAGACCACGGGUGGACAAUCCUGGUGAAUGGUUUGAAAUAGAUUUUGGGAACGAAAGGAAGGUGACCGGCUUAAUGAUACAGGGUGCACGUUCAUCAUUUACUUCCAUGUACAUUACUCACUUCUCUCUGAGUUUCAGCAAUGAUGGCUACAACUGGAAAUUUGUUCAGGGAACAAAUAGUCACCGACAGAUAUUUCAAGCGAACAAAGAUUCGGACACUCCUUUAUGGGUCACCAUAGAGACUCCAAUUAUAACACGUUUUUUAAAACUGCAUCCUGAGAAAUGGAAUGGGGGCAUUGCUCUGAGGAUGGAGGUUCUGGGGUGCAAUAUAUAACUUAUAUUAUUAAAGGGUGCGAUAAAUUACUGUUUAAUCCAUCCUUUACAUAAUUUCUAUUGAAUUUAAAUUAAAUUAUGCUUAUUGAAUAAAUAUAUACUUAUCAUGUCACUAUAUUAGCAUAAUACAUUUGUUGCAGCUAUCCACCUUCAAAUUAUGUAUUACAUAAAAUAGGAUUUUCAUUAUACUGUACUGCUAAAUUAAUGCAAUAAAAUGAGC